UCUCUCUUUCUCGUAUCUCCCCCCCCCAACAGCCUCUCUCUCUCCUCCUUGCCCUAAACCCCCAUAUCCCUCACGCAGCUCUCCUCUCUCAAUCUGAGCCUCUUCCUCUGUUUCUUGGGCUUUUGAUCCAUUACUUUGAUUGAAAUUGCAGUGCCCAAAUGAGCGUGGAAAAGCUAUGAUGCCCUGAACAACCUCAAUUCAUGAUAAGCUUGUUGUCUUUGUUGAUCAAGUGUAAGAGUCAGCUCUAGAAGAUGAAGGAUAACAGCUCGUCAACAAGUACAAUGCUUAACAGAAACUGGGUCUUGAAACGGAAGCGUAGAAAGCUUCCUUAUGGACCUGCUGUAUCUAAUGGCAAAGAAGACGCUUCAGCAGCAUCAGAAUGUCAAGGGAAAUCAUCAUCUUCGGCUAAACGGCGGCUGACUAAUGAAAUUAUUUCUGAUCGCCUUUCUUCCAAGAAGAAAGGAAAUGAUGGGUAUUACUAUGAAUGUGUGGUCUGUGACCUCGGUGGUAACUUGUUGUGUUGUGAUAGUUGCCCCCAAACCUAUCAUCUGCAGUGUCUUAAUCCGCCUCUUAAGCGAAUUCCAAAUGGGAAGUGGCAGUGCCCAAAUUGCUCUCAGAAAAGUGAUAGGCCAGAGCCUUUGAAUUAUCUAGCCGAUACCAUUUCAAAACGAGCAAGGACAAAGGUUGCCACUUCUAAAGCCAAAGCUGAAAUUAAGUCACCUGAGAGAGAGAAAGUUUCAGCCCUUUUUGGGAACACCAUUGUUGCAAAGAAAAGGUCAUCAAGCAAAGGAAAAGCUCAGGGAUUUAAAUCCUUCAAGAAGAAACCAUUCUCCCAGAUUGAUUUAUCUUCUAGCACGAAGGUCAGUCAUUCAUCAGCUGGCGGUUCGUUGGAAGGUUUCUCGCUGUCUGUGAAUGUUGGGGAGGAAAAUAAAUCUAGCCCUUCCCCGCCAGAUGAUUCCACAACCAUAAAGUUGAUCUCUCCUGCUAAAGAAGUUUCAUCUCAUUCUAAAGAAUCAGAGACAAAUGAAGAAGCUCCAGAGGCAGCUGUUACAACUGGAGAAGCUCCUGAGGCAUCUGUGGCAAAUGAAGAAGCUCCUGAGUCAUCUGUUCUUCCUGAAGUGAAGCCUAACCUCUCUUGUGAUGAUGUGACUCCGCGUAAGACCAUUGUUCUUGCCAUCAGUGCUGCUGCUGGCAAGGCUAGAAAAAGAAAACACAAAGGUAAUAAUGACAAGAGUAAAAAAAAGCGCAGGACAGAGAAGAGGAAAACUGUUAUCAGUGUUUCCAAACACUCUGGGUCGAAAGCAAAUACCUCAAGCCCCGGGACUCAUAUUCGUAAAGCACUUCGCAGGCAUAAAUCUCUCAACCAUGGGGUUUCUGCAUCUUCGUCAAGGGAGAAUGUUGCAACCAAGAGUUCAGAUGCCCAGAUAAAAGAUGAGGAUCUUACUGAGGAAGCAAAAGAGCAACCUCAUACUGCAGAUGAAGCUGGAAAUUACGGAGUGGAAACAAUAACGCAUAAUGAUAGUCUUCCUACCGAACUUCUGCAGGUCGACCGGGUUCUGGGAUGUCGAGUUCAAGGUAAUCAUUCUCGUCACUUAUCUGUGACAGCUGCCCAAGAUCUGAAUUUUGAUGAUGUAAAAGCCACAGAAAAUUUUAACAGACUAUCAGAGGAGAAUACUGCUUGUGAAACUGGCAUGGAUGUUGGGGCUGUUGAAAAUCUCACCCAUGAUUGUGAAGAAGGGCUUAAGGGUGUUAUUGGGGAUGACAACACUAAAGAUGAUAUAAGAGUGGACAAACUACAUGUGUAUAGAAGGUCUAUGAACAAAGAAGGUAAAAGAGCUAGUUCUAUGGAUUUGUCAAGGAAAGAUACUAAGGAGUCAGAUUCUGCUGGCAUAACUGAUCACAGCCCAAUCAAAUCAGCUGUGAAUGCUGAUGAUCCAGGAAAAUCAAAUGAAGUAGUGACUGUAGAUAAUAUUGAUAAAUUGAACAGUAAUGAUGAAGAGAAAGAAGAGGUUCUGGAAAUUUAUGAAGCACAUGUUUCUGUGGAUACCAAUGAUAAGACAGCUGUUAAUAUAGAAAGUGGAACUGAUGUCUGUGCUGAAAACAAAAGUGAAGAGCCCACACUGGCAGAAUGUGCAGGUGAUGGUGUUGGGAAAGUGUCGUAUGAAUUUUUAGUAAAGUGGGUUGGUAAGUCUCAUAUUCAUAAUACCUGGGUUUCAGAGUCUGAUUUAAAAGCCUUGGCGAAGAGGAAACUAGAAAACUACAAGGCAAAGUAUGGAACAGCUGUUAUAAAUAUAUGCGAGGAAAGAUGGAAGCAACCACAGAGGGUGAUAGCUCUGCGUGGAUAUAAAGAUGGCUCAGGUGAAGCUUUUGUGAAAUGGACUGGUCUUCCUUAUGUUGAUUGCACUUGGGAAAGAUUAGAUGAGCCUGUCAUGAGAAAUUCUCAGAAACUGGUUGAUUUAUUUGGUCAGUUUGAGCACCAAACAUUGGAAAAUGACGCUCUUAAAGUGGAUUCAGCUAGAGCGAAGGUUAGCCGACAGCAAACUGAAAUUCUUGCUCUGACAGAGCAGCCCAAGGAACUGAAGGGAGGUUUGUUGUUUCCCCAUCAGCUUGAAGCACUCAAUUGGUUGCGGAAGUGCUGGCAUAAGUCAAGAAAUGUGAUACUAGCUGAUGAGAUGGGGCUUGGUAAAACUAUAUCAGCUUGUGCCUUUAUUUCAUCAUUAUAUUUUGAGUUCAAAGCCACUCUACCUUGUUUAGUCUUGGUUCCACUUUCCACGAUGCCUAAUUGGUUUGCUGAGUUUUCAUUAUGGGCUCCUGAAUUGAAUGUCGUGGAAUACCAUGGGUGUGCCAAAGCAAGAGCCAUGAUUCGCCAGUAUGAAUGGCAUGCUAGUGUUCCCAACGAGUUGAACAAGAAGACAUCCGCUUAUAAAUUCAAUGUUCUUUUAACUACAUAUGAAAUGGUUCUUGCUGAUUCCACACAUCUUCGCGGGGUCCCUUGGGAAGUUCUCAUAGUUGAUGAGGGCCAUCGUUUGAAAAAUUCAGGAAGUAGACUUUUCAGCUUGCUUAACUCAUUCUCUUUCCAACAUCGUGUACUGUUGACCGGUACCCCUCUUCAGAAUAACCUUGGUGAGAUGUACAACUUGUUGAAUUUCUUGCAGCCAGCAUCAUUCCCUUCCCUGUCUACAUUUGAGGAGAGGUUUAAUGAUCUGACAACUUCAGAAAAAGUGGAGGAAUUGAAAAAACUCGUUGCCCCACAUAUGCUUCGUAGGCUCAAAAAGGAUGCUAUGCAGAAUAUUCCCCCAAAGACCGAACGAAUGGUUCCUGUUGAGUUGUCCUCCAUCCAAGCUGAAUAUUAUCGUGCAAUGUUGACAAAGAAUUAUCAGAUAUUGCGGAAUAUUGGGAAAGGGGUUGCACAGCAGUCAAUGCUGAACAUUGUAAUGCAGUUAAGAAAAGUUUGCAAUCAUCCAUAUCUGAUACCAGGCACUGAACCUGACUGUGGGUCUCUAGAGUUCCUUCAUGACAUGCGGAUAAAAGCUUCAGCUAAGUUGACACUGCUGCAUUCUAUGCUUAAGAUUUUGCACAAAGAGGGUCACAGGGUCCUUAUCUUUUCCCAGAUGACAAAGCUCCUUGAUAUUCUGGAGGAUUAUUUGGCCAUUGAAUUUGGACCUAAAACUUAUGAAAGAGUAGAUGGAUCUGUUGCAGUGGCUGAUCGUCAAUCUGCAAUUGCACGUUUUAACCAAGACAGAAGUCGAUUUGUCUUUUUGUUAUCAACACGCUCUUGUGGCCUUGGGAUCAAUUUAGCAACAGCUGACACAGUCAUUAUUUAUGAUUCUGAUUUCAACCCUCAUGCUGAUAUUCAAGCUAUGAAUCGAGCACAUCGAAUCGGACAAUCAAAUAGACUUCUGGUUUAUAGGCUUGUAGUUCGUGCUAGCGUUGAGGAGCGCAUCUUGCAGCUUGCAAAGAAGAAACUUAUGCUUGAUCAGCUAUUUGUGAACAAGUCAGAAUCCCAAAAAGAAGUGGAAGAUAUUCUUAAGUGGGGAACAGAGGAACUUUUCAAUGAUUCUCCUGGUAUGGAUGAAAAAGAUACAGGUGAAAAUAAUAGUAACAAUGAUCAGGCAGUGCCAGAUGUAGAGCAUAAGCAUAAGAAGAGGAUUGGUAGCCUGGGGGAUGUGUAUGAAGAUAAAUGUACAGAAAACGGCAACAAGAUUGUUUGGGAUGAAACUGCUAUUUUAAAGUUGCUUGACCGUGAAAAUCUUCAAUCUGGACAGACUGAUAAUGCUGAAGUAGAUAUGGAAAAUGAUAUGCUUGGCUCUGUAAAGUCUAUUGAAUGGAAUGAGGAGUCACUUGAAGAGCAGGUUGAAUCACCUCCUGGUGCAAAUGAUGAUGUAUGUGCUCAAAAUACUGAAAUGAAGGAGGAUCAUGUGGUCAAUGCUAUUGAAGAAAACGAAUGGGAUAGACUCUUACGUCUUAGAUGGGAGAAAUAUCAAAGUGAGGAGGAAGCAGCUCUUGGUCGCGGCAAGCGAAUGCGGAAAGCUGUUUCUUACAGGGAAGCAUAUACUGCACACCCAAGUGAAACAUUGACUGAGCAGAGUGGUGGUGGUGAAGAUGAGCGUGAACCCGAACCGGAGCCAGAGCGGGAGUACACAGCCGCAGGACGAGCUCUUAAAGCAAAGUUUGCUAAGCUCCGUGCUAGGCAAAAAGAACGUCUAUCGCAGAGGAGUGAAAUUGAAGAACCUCGUCCCAGUGAGGGACUGCCUAUUGAGUCACAUCCGCAAUGUCCCAUGGACACUGCCGAAGAUGUUGAUCAAGCGACCAGGGAUCAAGGGGCUGGAUUAGUUCAAUUUCUCAGUGAGAGUUCUGCAGUAAUUGACUUGGAGGACAGCAAAGAUGCUUCUAUAGCUAAGACUGACUCUCCCUUAAGAUUGGGCAAGCUAUCAAAGCAUAAAAGCAGUCGCCUCGAUCUUUCUGUUAAUCCGCUUGACUACGCAUCUCCUGACAUUUUGUUUCCUAGACACCAACAUCAAGGAACAAGCAUGACUCAUUUGGUCCCCUCAAAUAAUUUGUUACCUGUUCUGGGACUCUGUGCCCCCAAUGCUAGUCAAAUAGAAUCAUCAAAAAAGAACUCGAGGUUGAAUGGCAGACGAAGAGGAGCUGGACCAGAAUUUCCAUUUAGUCUAGCUCCUCAAUCUGGGACGUUGCCUGAAACAGAAGUCAAUGAUGAUGAAGUAAAGCUAUCAGAAGCAUCACAACAUCUGAAGAGUAGCAUUCCAAAUGGUAGCUUGCCAUUUAGACUGUAUCCCCCGGCUUUCCAAGGAAAAGGUUAUGAUCACCCUGAAAGUUCUGGUGCCACAUUUUCUGAAUUCCAGGAAAAGAUGGCACUGCCCAACUUACCAUUUGAUGAGAAAUUGCUAUCAAGAUUCCCGCUUUCAUCUAAAAGCAUGCCUAGUCCACAUCUUGACUUCUUACCUAACUUGUCCUUGGGUAGCAGACUUGAAACUGUCAAUGGCUCCUUGCAAGAGCUUCCAACAAUGCCACUGUUUCCCAAUUUAAAAUUGCCCCCACAAGAUGCACCCAGAUAUAAUCAGCUAGACAGAGAUGCGCAUCCCACCUUGGGCUUAGGCCAUAUGCCACCUACAUUCCCAUCAUUCCCUGAUAAUCACAGAAAGGUGCUGGAAAACAUAAUGAUGAGGACUGGUCCUGGAUCAAACCACAUGUUUAAAAGGAAAUCAAAAGCGGAUACCUGGUCGGAAGAUGAACUUGAUUUCCUCUGGGUUGGUGUCCGUAGGCAUGGUAGGGGCAAUUGGGAUGUGAUGCUUAGAGACCCAAGGUUGAAAUUCUCAAAGUUUAAAACUUCAGAAGAUUUGUCAGCAAGGUGGGAGGAGGAGCAACUCAAGCUUUUAGAAGGGUCGGCUUUUCCGGUGCCAAAGUCAUCAAGAAAGACUCCCAAGUCCUCACAGUUUCCAAACAUAUCUGAUGGAAUGAUGGCCCGGGCACUUCAUGGAAGUAGACUUGUUACACCACCAAAGUUCCAAUCCCAUUUGACGGACAUGAAGUUGGGUUUUCCUGAUCUUGCGUCUGGCUUUCCACAUUUUGAAGCAUCAGAUAGACUUGGGUUGCAAAAUGAGCAAUGCCCUCCAAUUCCAACUUGGUUUCAUGACAAAUUCCAAGGAAUUUUUUCCAGAGAUUCUGCUGCUGGAUCUUCAGACAGACCAGGAACGUCUUCCAAUGCACCCACGGAGCAGCCAUUCGUUGUCACUUCUUUUGGGAGCAGUUGCUUGGGUUCAUUAGGUUUGAAUCCCUCAAGCAGCUAUGAUUUGCAGCAGCAGAAGGAAACUGAACAGGGUUACUAUGGGAAAUUGCCUAGUCUCUUGGAUAGAUCGUUGAAUGUUCUGCGUGAUAUGAAUAAUCAUUUUGCAAGAGGUGAACCCAGUGCUGGAUUCUUUCCAGAUCCCAGGAGAGGAUUUUUUAAGGGUGAAGAUUUUUCUGGAAGUAGUUCAGCAAAGGACAAGCUACCUCAUUGGCUACGGCAAGCUGUAAGUACACCUGCCAAGCCCCCAGAACCUGAGCUGCCUCCUACAGUAUCAGCAAUAGCUCGAUCAGUUCGGUUGUUAUACAGGGAGGAAGAACCGACCAUUCCUCCCUUUGUGAUUCCAGGCCCACCUCCCUCACUACCAAAGGAUCCAAGACGGAGUCUGAAGAAGAAAAGGAGACAGAAGUUACAAUUCUUUAGGCGAAUUUCCCAAGACAUUGCCAUAAGCAGCCACUUAAGUGAAAAUGCUUCAAGCUCCAUUCCUGUGGCCCCAUCAUUUCCAUUCCUUUCACAAUCAAUGCCACCACCUCCAGGCUUUUUACCUAUGGAAUCUGACCUCAGUAUGCCUCGGAGUUUACAUAUGUUAAAUCCAUCGGCCUCAUUACCACAUCUGAAUCAACAGAUCAAAACAACCAUGGGGCUUACUCCUUCCCCUGAAGUGCUUCAGUUGGUAGCAUCGUGUGUUGCUCCAGGUCCACAUCUACAAGCAGAUUCCGGCAAGACAAGCUCAAGCACCCCUGAUAUGAAGCCAUCAUUGCCAGAUUCAACCGACCACGUAGGACUCUUGGCCUCACAAGCUACGUUGGCAAAAGAUGAGGCAAAAGCUACCUUGGCAAAAGAUGAAGCAAAAGCUUCAUUGGCAAAAGAUGAGGCAAAAGUUACACUGGCUAAAGAUGAAGCAAGAGGUGAGGCCAAGCCAAGUUCGCCUCUUAAGGAGAAUGAUUCACCUCUGAAAGAAAGAAAGUCUGCUACUGAAAGUGGGGAUUCCAGCAAGACUCGGUCAGAUCCCAAUAGAACAGAGCGUCCUGAUGCAGGGGAAGUAUCUUCUGAGGGCACUGUUUCAGAUCACCCUCAGAGUGACCGGGAAUCAUAGCUGUUAUGUGGGAGUGAAGAUUAUAACAUAGUUAUUCUUUCAUGCUACUCGAGGCUCCAAUGUGCUUGAAUUUUUGUAGCUUUAUGUAGUUUGCCACAAACUAGCCCGACAUAGGAUUAUUUAGGAUAUAUUGUGUAAAGCUUUUGUACCAGAAUGAAAUAUAGUGUUGCCUUCUCAGUUUGCAUUGUAAUUUAUCCAUGCAGACCUUGGUGUUUCGCACAUGUCUCAAUUACAGAGACAAUUUCUGGAUAUUGUUGCUCAAUCAGUCUGGUGAUCGAAAGAUAUUCGCUGUAGUCAUCCUCGGUGUGAUUUGCCGCAGUCAGAUAAGUGAAUCUCUCACUACCUGCUUCUGCAACUGUUUUGGUCAUUUGAGCAACUGAUCCUGUUAGUGCAAAUUUUAGAACCAUCCCAGAAUUAUUGAGAUGGGACCUUCAUGUCUUCCUUCUCCAGGACACUGAGCGGUGAGCUCUUGCUUGUAUUCCCACUCGGACACAGGCCGUCGACAGGGGUGGAAAAACCCCAUCACCCCCUUCAUUGUCGCUGAACUUCUCAGGCUUCAAUAAUUCAUGCUACA